AUGGAACCGGAGCCGCCCGCGCAGGACCCGCCCCCCAGCGCCGCCUCCAGCUCCGGCACCGGCGGCGGCGGCGGAGAGAAGGGCGGUCCGUGCGAGGAGUGCGGGGAGCAGCCGUGGAAGUACCGGUGCCCGGGCUGCUCCCGCCUCACCUGCAGCCUCCCCUGCGUCCAGGCCCACAAGCGUCGCACCGCCUGCUCCGGCAAGCGCCCCCGCACGGCCCCCGUCCCGCUCGCCCAGUUCGACGACAACCAGCUCCUCUCCGAUUACAACUUGCUGGAGGAGACGAACCAGGUCCGGGAGGCGGCCCACAGGCUGGUCGUCGGCUACGGCCGCAACUACGGCGGAGGCGACGGGGCCACGCUGCCGUCCUGGCUCUUCUUCCUCCGCAAGGCCGCGCACCGCCGCGGCGUGCGCCUCUUCUUCCUCCCCAGGGGCAUGGCCAGGCGGGAGCAGAACCGGUCGCGCCACUUCCACAGGAAGGACAUCAUAUACUGGACACUCGAGUGGAGGUUUAAUUCAAUAGAUAUUAUCCUAACGGACCACCAGAUAGAUGAGCAUGCAAGCUUGCUAUCUUUAUUGGAAAAACAUCUGAGUCCUACGCCUUUGAAGGACCAGCUUACACCAUAUCGCAAUACUGAAUUGCGUGAUCUGAAAUUGUUCAUUCAAAAGUCUGCCAAGGAUUCAAAGUCACCAUACCGACAGCUCAACAUAGAAGAGCCCUUGCACACCCAACUGAGGGGCAUCCUUAUUGUCGAAUACCCAACUAUUAAUGUCUUUCUGCCAUCAGAUACUUGUGAGUUUGAAGUAGAGAAGUUUGUAAACAAGAUCAGAAAUGAACAGCCCCCUGGCAGCUCAAAUGAUAGCCCUCCCAUAGAAGGCACCGAGUUUCAGGAGGAAGAAAUAGAGGAAGGUGAAAUGGUACCAGAGACACAGGUUAUAGAUCUCAAGGAUCGUGGACCUUCACGCACCACUAAUCUGACUUCACUGGCGGAUACGAGUGGAUCUAAGGUAGAUAGCAACAAGGGAGAUUCUUCGGUGCUGUCGUAUAUCCGCAGUCUGGGAUUAGAUGGUCUGCGGGGAAAACUUAAUCAACACAGCAAAAUUGAACCGAAGACGCCUUCUUGGACUACCGAGCCUAAAUCUUGCAUGAAAGUCUAUCCGCUGGACUCGGAGGAAAGUGUUGAUGGUUGGAGCUUAGAGAGUCAGGCCAUUGACCUCGAGGAGCAUGCAACUUCACAUCCUUUCAACAGGAGUCCAGCCAAACUUACGACUAUCCCUAACACAGAAUGCAAGAUGGAUUCUUCAGUCCUGUGCCCCAUCAGUAUUCUAGCAUCUGAUGGCUUUAGUCGUCCCCAGGAAGAAUAUUAUGAACAAAACAAGCUGGCACCAAAUACAACUCCUGAAGCUCUAAAAAGGAGGUCCCGCGUGAAAGUCUAUCCACUGGACAUGGACACCGAGGACGCCCAGGGGCUGUUCUCGGAGGCGCCCAACCAGGAGUUUGAACUGGACGCGCAAAAUGCUUAUGAAGAAGACCUGUUUGGGGACAUGGAUCCCGACGAUUUCCUCAACUUCGAUCUCGAGAUAAUGGACGAAGGAUCCUUCGAAAUAAGGUCCCCGUUCAAACUGUGGGACGACUUGGAGGAAGGGGAGAUUCCUUCGCAGCUUUGAGGAGUAUG